AUGUUGAUAGUCAAGCUCAAGAUCCCAGCCGUGAUUCGUUUCGAGUGCUCCACCUGCGCCAGGUCUUUCAGCAGCCCGAAGGCGCUAGGAGGGCACGCGAGGAUCCAUAUGGAGAAGAAAAACAAGAGGAAUCAUGAAUCCAUGGAGCUCCAAGGUGAAGAAAACGGUGAGAAAACCCUCAUUCCUUGCCCGGUUUGCCACCAACCCUUCCCCACCCACAAGUCGUUGCACGGCCAUAUGAGGAAGCAUCCCGACCGGGGCUGGAAGGGAAUGAGGCCACCUACACCCCCAGAGGACGUUAGGGGCUCUCCUCAGCCACUUGACCACAAGGGAAUCUCUCCUUCUCAUGACCUCAUAUCUGUUGCCAAGGGUAAAUCGGUCACGGGUGAGGAUCCCUUGUUGGUCAAUGGCACGAGGGGUGAUUUUCAUCAUAAGAUCCCAAUCGUCGAAUCACAAAAUUCCUUUUCUUGUGAGAUAUGUGCCAAGUCCCACCAUGGUGAUGGAUUUACACCAUCUCGCUAUAUAGAACAAUCUGAAGGGUUUGCUGGGAUUUCUGGGCGGGCCAAAGAUGAGGUGGCAAAAGUUGACCAGCCUAAAGCACCAGUCUUUGAUUUUGACCUCAAUGAGCUUCCAAAAUGGGAUUUCUAG